AUGGCCUCGGUCACCGUCGGCUCGUCGGACCGGAGCCUCCACAAACACCGCCGCUGCUUCUCUCUGCUCUUCUACCGGGCCGUGCGGGACCUCAAGCCGGUUUGGAUGCUGGAGGACAUGCGAACGAUGGAGACUUUUUACACGGAGGAGGAGGACGGCCACCGGACCUACACCCCCUCGGAGGCUCUGCUGUACGCUAUCGUCCACGACCACCAGGCGUACGCCCGGUACCUGCUCCGCCGGUACACCGGCCAGGCGCUGUCCAAGCCCGCGGAGCGCUUCUGCUGCUGCCCGGCCUCCGCUCCGCACCUGGCCAUGGCCGUCCGCUAUGACCGCCGCUAUAUCCUCGGCCUCAUCCUGCAGGAGCUGCACCGGACACCCGGCGGACCCUCCGGGACCCACGGCGGCGGCUGUUUCCACCCGGACGACGGCAGAAGCCCGUUACAUCUGGCCUGCGAGCUCGUGCGGCCCGAGGCCGUUAUUAUGCUGCUGGGGAACGGCGCGUGCCCGCAGGCGCGGGACCGGGACGGACUGACCCCCUUGGAUGUGAUCCUGCAGAAGCUCCGGGACUGCGAGGACGUGAAGGGCGGGGCCAGGAGGCGGUGCCUGGACCACAUGCUCCUGUUCAUGCCCAAGGUCCACUUCCACAUGAAGGCGGAUCUGGACUCGGAACCGGACCGCUGGACCAGGGUCCUGGGCGAAGACACGUUCAAGUACCUGCUAGGCAGGAGUCCGGCCCCGCUGGUCCUCACCGCCAUGCAGACGGUCCUGCAGCAGCUGAGCCCCGCCUCCUUCACGGACAGCCUGCACGAGCUGCCCAUUCCGCCCCUCCCUCAAACCGGAGGGGCCUGCCCGGGGGCGCGCGCGAGACCGACAGGACGGUGUAGCUCCGUCACGUCACGGCUCCACUUCAACCUGUUAGGGUUAACCCUAACCCUAGUGUUAACUCGAGAGUUAACCCUAACCCUAGUGUUAACCCUAACCAAACUGUGUGUGUGUGUGUGUGUGUGUGUGUGUGUGUGUGUGUGUGUGUGUGUGUGUGUGAGAUGUGGUAACACUUCCUUAUCAGGCUGCACAGCUGAGGUAUGGAGGAAGACAGUUAGGGUUAACAUGGGUUAGGGUUAACAUGGAGGUUAGAAGAAUGUUAUGUGGACUCUGGUUGAACCCUACCUGCCUUCAUUUGCAUGUGUUCAGGACUUUCUACCUGCAGAAAUCCAUGGUGGGUUCUGCUGAAGCCAGAUUCAAAUCCAAUGGAUCAGAUAGAACCGAUCAGAUAGAACCGAUCACAGAUGGUCCAAUGCACUUUACAAAGUUUUGACCCAUUUUUUUAAUGCUUUGAAUGAUUAGGGUUUUUUUUAUUCACCUAUGAUAAAGAGAGUCUAAAUAAUACUCAAUUCAAUGUAUUUACUGGAAAAACAACAACUAUGUAAAGGUGUUCUGGGUUAGGGUUAGGGUUAGGGUUAGUCCAGGCCUGUACAGAGAAAUAUGCAAAAGUCCAAAUGUGAAUGUGUGACUGUACACUGACUUUACCCAUUUAGAUUCACAUUUAUACAUAUAUUUACAGAUGUUUGGUUAUGGGGUACAUCCCAUAACUGACAGCCUUCUAGUGCCAGAGGGUUCCAAAGGGUUGGUCAUUUUAGAACAUCACACCAACAGCAUCGGGACAUUUGAAGGUCCAGUCUGGACAUUUUAGAGCAGGGGUCACCAAUCCUGGUCCUCGAGGGCCGGAAUCCUGCAUGUUUUAGAUGUUUCCCUC